AUGCGCUCGAAAAUAUUUGAUGAUGCCGAGCUCGAGCGACUACGACGUGAGGCCAUUCCCUCAUCGAAUGAAAAGGCUAUGGCUGGGGACGCGGCUCCUCAGGUGACAAACCAGCAUCUAGGCGUGGAAGCCGCCAUGUAUCUUUCUAUUGUGGUUGAUUCGGACGAUGAUGAAAUGAUUUCCCACGAACUAGAGGAAAUGAGGAACAUAUUGGAAGAGGCGAUUUUGGAAAUGCGCAGCAUGUCUCUCGAAAAUCGUCCAUGA